CUCUUGGUGACUGUGUUUGGAUUCUCCACACCGAGAAGCAGAUGCACUGCAGGAUAAGGGCAACCCUGAAUCAAUUUCAAGUGUCUGGACCCUCUAACCAGGACAAACAGAGCUCUAUAGCACCGUCUUCUGGCAGAGAAGAAAAACCAUCUCAAUCAUUCGGGUGGAUUACACUGUAUCAACUCCGUGUAAUCCCUCCCUUUAUCGACGGAGCUCAGACAUUUUUUGUGUAUCUUUUUUGUACUUGAAUACAUUUUUCACAGCUUUUGCUGCCAAAGUAUGUCAGCAAAAAUGACUUCAUAGCCACAGACUGCAGCAUAGAAGAAAAGAUAGAAAAAGCAUGGAGGAUUCAAGUACCCCCUCGACACUCAUAUUCCCCACCUCCCCUACCCCCUCCUCUCCCGGCUACUUGCAGUUCUUCUGGGAGUACCAGGACAAUUCAGUGCUUGUGGAUCAUUACAACUACACAGGCAAGCUGCAGAAAGACCGCUACCGUGAAGGACUCAAACCCGAGGGCAUUGCGUUCCUGGUCGUAUGUCUCCUCAUCGUCCUGGAGAACGCUGUGGUUCUCAUCGCCAUUUGGAGGAACAAGAAGUUCCACCUGCCCAUGUAUUACCUGCUGGGCAACCUGACUCUGUCUGAUCUGCUGGCUGGGAUUACAUACAUGGCCAACAUCAUCAUGUCUGGACCUAACACUUUGAAACUGACACCGUUGCUAUGGUUCCUCAGGGAGGGAGGGGUCUUCAUCACUCUGGCUGCCUCUAUAAUUAGUCUGCUGGCCAUUGCAAUUGAACGGCAUGUUACCAUGGUGACAAUGAGGCCCUACCAUGGGGCAAAGCGGGGACGGAUGUUGGCACUGAUUGGUGCGAGUUGGGCCCUGGCAGGGUUUUUAGGAGUCCUCCCAAUUUUGGGGUGGAACUGCAUCCACAGACUGGACCAGUGUUCAACAGUCCUUCCGCUUUAUGACAGGAGCUACAUCCUCUUCUGCGUGUCUGUGUUCAUCGCAGUGCUCUUGGCUAUUGUGGUCCUUUAUGUCAGAGUUUUCCGCAUCGUCCGCACCAACACACAGCGCCAGCGGCUGGGCCUGUCAGGCAGCUUGAGGAAAGGCUUAGCGAGGAAGUCUGAGAAGUACAUCGCCCUUCUCAAGACAGUCACCAUCGUACUGGGUGUCUUCAUCGCCUGUUGGCUGCCCCUCUUCGUUCUCCUCCUCCUGGAUUUCUUCUGCCCCACCCGCAGUUGUCGAAUGCUCUAUAAGGCUGAUUACUUCCUGGGAGUAGCUAUGGUCAACUCGCUCCUCAACCCCAUCAUCUAUACUCUGACCAGUAAGGACAUGAGGAGAGCCAUUCUGAGGCUGCUCUGCCGGCCCUGUCUGAUGACCAGAGACGGCCAGGUGAAGAAGAUUGGGAUGCCAUUCCUUGAGUGUAGUUUCAGUAAAACUGAAGUGGCAUCCCAGAAGUUAGAGGGGGGAUUGGAGACAACUAUUUCCUCUGGGAACAAUAUCACCACCCCAUCUCCUAUUAAGACCCUUUAUCCAAAACUCUUCAAGUCAUGAGGAGUAAGACUAACUGAGUCCAUAAGUGUGUGAAAGGGUGUCCCACUGAACAGAGGACAUGUAGUGCAUCUAUAAAGAGGAAGCAGUUCUGGUAUUUUCCAAAGAAGCAUUGGGAGGGAGGAAAUACCAUGGAAGCACGAGACAAUCACAUUCAAACAACAGUCAGAAGUGAUGCAGAACUUAAAUGCAAGGUGUUUGCGAAACAAAAUGCCUUAAGGAUGCCACUCAAAUGUGAACAAGCAAACAUACUUUGUUAUGAAUAGAAGCUUGUGACUAAUUUGCACUAACACAUUGGAGUACAGCCUUAGAUCUAUUCUGUAAACCCAGAGACAUUCAUGACUGUAAAAAACAUUUUGCUGAUGAAUGGUAAACAAGUUGGGUUGGAUAUACUUCUUUCUACAGUUUUUUUAAUUUAAGUGACUUUAAUACAGCACAAACAAGUCUAAUAUGUGCAGUCUGUAAUCUGUGCAUCUGCAAACACCUGGAUUUUGCUGGUUCGAAGGCCUGUGGUGUGCUAGAUUUGUUCAGAUAAAAUUGUGGGUAGCAACCCUCAACAUGUUACAUGAUGCAGGGAUAAAUAAAUGUUUCAAAUGAAUAACAGGAAAGAGAGAAGUGGUGUUUAAUCUUAACGGUUCGUUGUGCUCUGUAAAAAAUGGUGUGCUACAGUUGUAGGGGUAACAUUAAAAUCCCCCCACUGUUUUGAUAUGACAGAUGGUUAACCUAUCUGAUGCCAAGUGGAAAGUUGUUGGGGUUUAGUGUCCAAUUUGUUAAAUGUCAGUCUGGCAUCUGGAGGAAAAAAAUAUAUAUAUUUUUUUUCCAUCAUGACAAUUUGAAAAUGUAACCUAAUCAGCUGUAAUUGCAAAAUGUGUAAGUAUAAGCCUUCUAAAUUAUUAUAAAAAGAAAACUCCUUAAAAAAAGUUGCAAAUGAAAUAAAGAUACUGAUUAGGCUGUCUUUUUAAACAGGCACUUUCUUGUCGGAACUCACUUAAUGAAUAAGCCAGUGUGUUUUUUGUACUUUAAUUCAUGUAUUGAACUUUUAUAUUUCUGAGACUUUUCAUAUCAUCUGUAUUGUAAAUAUAUCUAUUUUGUGCCAAGAAAAGGCUAUCAAACCUCUCCUUUCUUUUCAGAAAAGAAAUAAAAUGUGUUUUUUU